AUGAAUUCGCUUUUACCCAAAGUUAGUCGUGCGCACAUGCUCGGAAAUCAGUUGCGCGCUCACACCUCUCGUAGUCUCCAUGAUAAAUUCUUGUCUGUGGCUUUUCUGGGUUAUUUCCCCAAAAGCCAUCUCUUCCACACAUCUGGAUUAUAUGAAGCUCGUCCAAGUAAUAAGAAAGCCGAGAGAAUGGAGAAAUCUAGAGAAACUUCGGGCAAGCUUCUGGAGAAAUUACGAAAGACACGCCUUGAGGGACUAGUAAACCCUGAGCCUGUGUUCACACCUGAAGAGAAACUCACCAAGCGAAUUAGGAAGAUACAGUCCAUCAAGGGGCUUUUGCAGUUUUACUGGUUCAGAGUGAAUAAAAAGCGAGAACUGACUCCUCUCCAUAAAUUCACAAUUCUUGAAUGUAUCGUGGUGUAUUUCUCGAAAAGCGUUCAGAUGAGAGAUGUGUUUUUGACUCAGCCUCUCCAACAGAGUUUGUUUGAGAUGCUGGCGCAAGACGUCAGGGUACACCUUAAUGACUUUGAUGCGAAUCAGAUAUACAACGUUGUAAUUUACAUGGCUAAAUUGUGUGUUAAAGAUCCUUCUAUCUACGCGGAUCUCGAAAGGGGAAUUUUGUACCACAAACUCAGAGGAUACUCUAACAAACAGCUGUCUCAGCUAGGCUGGGCAUUCGCAAAAUACUGUUUGCAUACAAAUGUUGUUGAAAUAUUCCAUGCCUUAGAUAAGGAGAUUUUCUCAAGAGACAUAUCAAAAUUUUCAUCUGAAGAACUGUGCACUAUAGCUUGGUCAUUUUCUGAGUUUGGCUUUCCCAAAGAUAGGCAAUUUUACAAGGCGAUUGGUAGUGAGAUUUUAACUCGAGAUCUCAGCCAAUUUAAGCCAUGGACUCUGGCAUCUCUGUCACUUUCUUACUCUAGAGCAGAUGCUUUUGUAGCUGAAGUGUUUGAAGUGGUUGAAGAAGAGCUGUUACAGCGUGAUGAUCUCAAAUCCUUUGCAACAAAUGAUUUGGUUAUCCUUGUGUUGGCAUUUGGUAGAGUUGGAAAGCUCCAUCCUGAAUUGUUCCAAAAGUUUGAAGUUACAAUGGUGAAAAGAAGAGACUAUGCCGAGACAGUUGUGAGGGAGUAUUUGCAAGAAACUUACCAUCUGUUAAAGAAAAGUGAGUUUCAUCUAGCAGUUGUGGUCAAAAUGAUUGAGCAUGUAUUAGACCCAGAUGUGUGUAAUUCUUUAUUUGAUAUUCUGUUUCGCCCUCGUAGAUCUUGGAAAGAAAAGGUUCUUCACCAGUACCUUUUUAAAGCUUACUAG